CGUUCGUCAACAAGUCAACAAUAAUGAUAAAAGAUAAAGAAGAUUGUGAUAAUAAAGUAAAUUGAGUUGAUUAGUUCAUUGACAUUUUCCAAGUUUAUUUAUAAUCUCAAUUUAUUACCAUAUCUGAAAGUUUCAAGAACACCAAAAUGGUAUCCGAUGAUUCCGAUGAUGAGCCCUUGUCAGUUUUAGCUGCAGAGAAAAGAUUACAUCCCGAAAAAUUCUCUGUAGCUGAGCCUCAAAUUGAAGAUGCCAGCAUAGUUCCCAAAAAAAGAAAGAGAAAAUCACUAACGCCAAAGAAACUGGGAAUCGCCGUUAAAGUAAGAAAACAAAGGACUUUACCGCCACCUCCAGUGAUAGAAAGACCUGCUGAUGUUUGGCUCUAUCUUAAAGAUUUGAAUCCUGCUGGUCCUUACAGCUGUUUACUAUGUCCUGAUUGGUUUAUAAAUCGAUCCAAAAUGAUCAUGCACUAUGUGUUAAAUCAUAAAAAAGAUUAUUGUGGUAUUUGCAGAUAUUUUGUACCAGACAGAGAGUCAUGGCAUGCACAUGUCAAAUUUCAUAUUCCGUGGCCAUGCUCUCAGUGUGUUGCAAAUUUUCCCUGUCAAACAACUCUGCGCCAUCAUCUAAGCAGUAUUCACAAACUCGUCCACUGUCGUCUAUGUCACUUCCGUCUACCUGAUAAUGACCAAUAUAAUACUCAUCUUUUCCAAAAACACAAUGUCAUUAAUGUACUUAGUAAAGACGAAGAAGUACUCUGGGUUUUUGAUUAUGAUGGCACUACGAAAUUUUUAUGUUUACUCUGUUCAAAAGGAAAUAAUCUCAGUUCUACAUUUUUCAAGCAUUAUAUGGGCUACCAUCAUUUUACCAUCAAGUGCUUAACAACUUUAAUCUCCGGUAGUGACCCACCGUUCACUGUCAACGGUGCCGAUGUAAGUGCUCACUUUAUUGAUGGACAAUUGCAAGGCCAGAUACGUUACGGUUAUGUUGAUUUGGAUAAAACGUCAUUCAAUGCUAUCAAGCAGUUGGAUGAACAAGGCAACGAGAAUUACAAUUAUUUCAAAGCUGAAGUAAAAGAAGAAAUUGGUAAUGAUGAUGUACAAAGACAGAUAGAUAAUAAAGAAACUAAAACUGAAGGUGAUGUUCAUCAAAAUUAUAAAGGUGAUGAAGAUUUUGAUGUAACUCUUACAGAACUCAUAGUUCUAGAAAAGUGUUACUUUGAUUACGUUAACCGUACACUUAAUGAUAUAAAUAGUAACCAAAUGCCUUUGAACUCUUUAAUACAAUACGAAGAUGCUAAAUCUGAUAUUAUAAUGGAUGUUGACUGUCCAUUAUGCAAAUCGAGGUAUGAAAAUGCUCAAGCAUUCACAAUGCAUAUGAAUAAAAUGCAUUGUAUCAAACUAGUUCCAUUAUAUUCAUGUAGAGUAUGUGCAACCACAUUUGACACCCAUAGUGAGCUAGAGACUCACACUGGUCUUGAACUGGGUAACUUUGAGGACCUUUGGAUCUGUCAGUUUUGUGAUAAAGAGUUUGAUAACCGAGAUGCUACAAGAAAGCAUUUAAAUGAGCAUUGGGAAGUUAUGGAAUAUGACAAUUGCUUCAGUCCACACUUGGGUUUUAAAUGUAGAUUUUGUCCGAUACUGUUUUGGAACGAAACGGACCGUGAACAGCACCAAGUGAGAGUUCAUUAUGAGAAAUAUCAGGAUCAAUUUUACAAAUGUGAAGGUUGUUCAGAAUUGUUUAGUGAUAAAGUGUGGUUCAUUUAUCAUCAUUUGGAGAAACAUUUUGCCAACAAAAUGACAACAUACCUAAUGAAAUGCUGUUUAUGCUGCAUUGUCUUACCCAACAUUGAUGAGAUGAGAAAUCAUUUCACCGAGGAACAUCCAGAGGCUCGGAAAGUCUACUGUUCCUUAGACUCAUGCCAAUACAAACCUCUUAGUCAUAGGAAAUCAUUUAAACUGCAUGUGAAGACGAUCCAUAACCCGUCAGCUCGGGCAGAGAAGGCUGUGAACUGCACGGUGUGUGGGCGCGAGUUUGCAAGUGCACGGGCGUGCGGCGCUCACGUGGCGCAGGUGCAUGGUCCUGGCAAAUUCAAAUGCAAACUGUGCAGAGACGUGCUACAGACUAUGGACGAGAGGAAGCUUCACUACUUACUGCGUCAUCCUGGACGACAUCCAUAUGAGUGUGUGGACUGCGGCAAGUCUUUCCAGUACAAAUCCUCAUUGUAUAUGCACCGACAAGACCAUAUACCCAACAAGCAGACUUAUACUUGCAAUUACUGCUCUAAAGUUUUUAUGAAGAAGGAUUCGUUCCGCGAGCACGUGCAGAUCCACGAAGGUCCACGUCACGCGUGCUCGUACUGCCCCAUGAGGUUCGUGCAGCGCUCCAACAUGCUGCGACACGAGCGCCGGCACACGGGCGAGCGUCCCUACGCCUGCCCGCACUGCCCGCGCACAUUCGCUGACAAAGGCGCCUGUAAUUCACACGUCAGAACACAUUCCAAGGAAACAUCAUUCGCCUGUGUCUAUUGCGGUCAGACAUUUGUACAAAAAUCCAAACUUACUUAUCAUAUAAGAAAACAUACAGGAGAAAAUUUGGAAACUUGUCCGGUAUGUUCCAAGCUGUUUACAAGCGGUUGUGCAUUACGUGAACAUAUGAAGAUACACGUUGCGAAGAAGGAACUAGUCAAAUGUCCUCUAUGUGACAAGAAGUACCAGGACGAGAGGUACAUGUUGCGUCACCUGCGCACAACGCACGCGGGGGCGCAGCACGCCUGCCCGCUCUGCCACAAGCUGCUCACCAGCGCGGCCGGACUGCGACACCACGUCCUAACACAUAGCGCCAUCAACAUGUUCCACUGCAAAUGCUGUCAAAAAUCUUACGCCAUCAAGAGAACAAUGAUAAGACAUCUGCGCAGGCGUCACGGAUUAAAAGGUACAGAGAUAAAUAUAAAAGAUUUCUUCAGAAGACUCGACCCAAGAGAAUGUCAAUUAGGUUUAGAUGAAGACACAAUGAUCAACAUAUUUGGGCCACCAAAGAAAAUCAUGUCCGAUUCAUUAUUAGUUGAUUACAUGAAUUUAGCUAAUCUUUAUAAAAAGAAUAGAAAAGAUGAUGAAGCGGAGCAAGAAACUGAUGAUGAUGAUGAUGAUGAUGAUUCAGAUGAAGAAUCUUUACAGACACUCAAGAAAGACGUGAAAACUGAUGAAGGAGAAAGUACUAAAACAAUUGAGAAUGUUAUAAUUAAACAAGAAACGAUCACAACAGAUGUAGAAUUGGAACCAACUGAUUUUGUUAGCGUUAAAAUUGAGCCGUACGAUGAAAAUGAACAUCAAUAGAAAAUAUUAUAGUAUUUAAUGUUUUAAUUUAAUAACAAUUUUAUCUCAAUUUCAUAUAGAUUAUGUAGAUAAAAGAAACCGUAGUAAUAUAUAAAUAGUUAAAUAUAUAAAAGAAGUAAGCAUUGUUCUAUAAUAAUUGUUUAUUGUAAGAUUUACAUUUCUUAUUAUCAUAAUCAGGGAACACCAAAUAAUCAUUUCACUAUUGGAAUAUUAUAUUGAAUUAAAUGAAAUAAAUCAUGGCUAAUCCAAAAAACCCCUGUAUCUCCAAUGUG